CACUCACUCACUCUGAUCGAAUCCAUUUUCUCUCUUUUAAUUACUAACUUAUUUAACAGCUUUUUCUUUCCACUUUUGGGAAAGAAGUUAAUUAGAAAAAUGGUGGAAAGCUAUCUGGGUGAAGAGUUCCAUGUGCCACCAAAACAUCCUUCAGAUGAAGCUCUCAAGAACUGGCGUAAAGCUCUCUUUGUUGUCAAAAACCAUCGUCGUAGAUUUCGUCAUGUCGCUAACCUCGACAAACGGGUUAUUCAUAAUGACAGGUUUUGUAAAAUCAAGGAAAAUCUUCGGCUUAGCUUUCUAGCUGUGAGAGUAGCACAACGGUUUAAAGAUGGCAUUAUUCAUGAUGGAAAUCAUCAUUCAGAUGCUGCAAAAGUUUCCGACUUCCAUAAGAAUCCCAAUAAACUUGCAUCCAUGGUUCAAAAGUAUCAGGUGAAGACCUUAAGAUCUCUUGGUGGAGUUAAUGGAGUUGCAGAAGCAGUAGAAGUCAACAUAGAUGAAGGAGUCAAAUCAUGCGAUUUGACUCCUAGACAAGACACUUAUGGUGUCAACAAAUAUACCGAGAAGCCUUCUAAAAGCUUUCUUAAGUUUGUAUGGGAAGCUCUUCAUGAUUUAACACUGAUCAUACUUAGUGUUUGUGCGGUGGUAUCAAUAGGGGUAGGGAUUGCCACCGAAGGUUUUCCGGAUGGUAUAUAUGAUGGUUUAGGAAUCUUGCUAAGUAUAUUACUAGUAGUUACUGUUACUGCUGUGAGUGACUAUAGACAAUCUUUACAAUUUAAAGAUUUAGACAAAGAAAAGAAAAAAAUAUCAUGUCAUGUAACAAGAGAUGGAUAUCGAAAAAAGGUCUCCAUUUAUGACUUAGUUGUUGGAGAUAUUGUACACUUAUCCAUUGGUGACCAAGUUCCAGCCGAUGGGAUAUUUAUAUCAGGAUACAGUUUGUUAAUUGAUGAAUCCUCCUUAACGGGUGAAAGUGUGCCUGUACAUAUAGAUGAAAAGAAACCAUUUCUUCUUGGUGGAACCAAAGUGCAAGAUGGCUCAGCUAAAAUGCUUGUUGCAGCCGUUGGUAUGAACACUGAAUGGGGAAAGCUAAUGGAAACGUUGAGCGAAGAAGGAGAAAACGAGACCCCAUUGCAAGUGAAAUUAAACGGUGUUGCUACUAUAAUUGGUAAAAUUGGAUUAGUGUUUGCCGUGUUGACUUUUCUUGUUUUGGCUAUUCGUUUUAUCAUAGAAAAGGCAAUGAGAAAUGAGCUUUCAAGUUGGACUUCAAGUGAUGCAUUGAGUAUGUUAGACUAUUUUGCUACUGCAGUAACUAUUAUAGUUGUUGCAGUACCAGAAGGACUACCUUUAGCUGUCACAUUAAGCCUUGCAUUUGCGAUGAAAAAGUUAAUGGCUGACAAGGCACUUGUACGACAUCUCUCUGCUUGUGAAACAAUGGGCUCUUCUACUUGCAUAUGCACCGAUAAAACCGGGACUUUAACAACAAAUCAUAUGGUGGUUGACAAAGCUUGGGUAUUUGGUAAAGUGAAAGAUGCUAAAGAACCAUCAGAUUUACCUGAACAUGUAUCAACCGUUCUCUUGCAGUGUAUAUUUGAAUGUACAGGUUCUGAGGUAGUCAAAGAUACAGAUGGUAAAACUUCUAUUUUGGGCACCCCAACCGAAUCAGCAAUACUAGAAUACGGUCUGCUUUUGGGAGGUGAUUUUAGUGCCAUACGUAGAGAGAUUAAACUACUAAAAAUGAUACCUUUUAAUUCCAAAAGAAAGACUAUGUCUGUGAUCACAGCUCUUCCGAGUGGUCAAGUACGUGCCUUUUGUAAAGGUGCUUCAGAAAUAGUAUUGGGAAUGUGUGACAAGAUCAUAGAUGAUAGCGGAGAACCUGUUUCAUUGACAGAAGAAAAUGCUAAGUCUGUUACAAAUGUUAUUAAUGGUUUCGCACAUAAUGCUUUAAGAACUCUUUCUUUGGCUUAUAUUGAUGUUCAGGGUGAUUUUGAUAUGCAAAAAGAAAUACCAGCCCACGGGUAUACAUUGAUUGCUGUUGUGGGCAUUAAGGAUCCACUUAGACCAGGGGUAAAGGAAGCAGUUGAAAUAUGUUUAGCAGCUGGUAUUACAGUGCGUAUGGUUACCGGUGAUAAUAUUAACACAGCUAAAGCCAUUGCAAAGGAAUGUGGCAUACUCACUGAAAAUGGUGUUGCUAUUGAGGGGCCGGAUUUCCGUGACAAAACUCCUCAACAAAAGAGUGAACAAGCACCAUUUAUUCAGGUUAUGGCUAGAUCAUCGCCAACAGACAAGUUAGAGCUUGUUAAGCAUUUGAGGGGCCUGUCCGAAGUUGUUGCAGUGACAGGUGAUGGGACGAAUGAUGCUCCAGCUUUGCAUGAAUCGGAUAUUGGAUUUGCCAUGGGAAUUGCUGGAACAGAGGUUGCGAAAGAACAAGCUGAUGUCAUUGUCAUGGAUGACGAUUUUGCAACAAUAGUUAAAGUAGCCAAAUGGGGCCGUGCAGUCUACAUAAACAUUCAAAAGUUUGUUCAAUUCCAGCUGACAGUCAAUAUCGUUGCUCUGAUGAUCAACUUUGUUUCUGCCUGCAUCACAGGGUCUGCUCCACUAACCGCUGUGCAAUUGCUAUGGGUCAACCUGAUUAUGGACACUUUGGGUGCAUUAGCACUGGCCACAGAACCACCGAAUGAUGGACUGAUGAAGAGACAACCGGUGAAGCGAACUGAAAGUUUUAUUACGAUAACCAUGUGGAGGAACAUCAUUGGCCAAAGCAUUUACCAAAUGGCCAUCCUAUUUGUCUUGAACUUUGCGGGGAAACCCAUUUUAAAUUUGCAUGGGGAGAAUGCCACUGCGAUCCUUAAUACUUUCAUAUUCAAUACCUUUGUCUUCUGCCAGGUGUUUAAUGAAAUAAACAGUCGGGAUAUCGACAAGAUAAACAUUUUCCAUGGCAUGUUGAGCAGUUGGAUAUUCCUUGGUGUCAUGGUAUCAACUGUUGUCUUCCAAGUUAUCAUUGUAGAGUUCCUUGGCACUUUUGCAAGCACCGUUCCUCUAGACUGGGAUUUGUGGCUACUUAGCAUUGCACUUGGGUUUGUGAGCAUGCCGAUUGCAGUUGUUUUGAAGUGUAUACCUGUUGAGAAAUGGGUGGUCAAGCGACAACAUAACGGUUAUGAUCCCCUCGCUUCUGGUCCACAAGCUGUUUGAUAAUAAUGCCAAAAAAACACAAAUUUUUCAUGAACAAGACCAACUUCAGAACUGGAUGAGUCACACUGUUUUCUAACAUUAACCACAGUGCUUAGCUUUCAUAACACGGGGAAAACAUGUUUGCAUGUUUGUUGGUUUUCCUCUUGUAAUUUGAAGUUAUACAUUUUGUUCACAAGAUGGUUGUAGUUUUGUAGGUUACCAUGAAGAUCGGCUUUCAUGCGUAUGGGCUUUUGUCAUAUGCAAAUGAAAUGUGCCUAAGAAAAGAACAGUUUUGAAUCACAUUGAUUUGUACUUCAAAUUUUAUAUCAUGUAAUUUGUAUAGCCAUCCUUGGCAACUUCAACUCA